CAAGACUAGUGUUAUUUACAAACACCUAUAGUACUCUUGCCUCAAUAUCAUGGCUAAACCAGUCGUGGCCAAACCAUUCAUGGUUCAACCCCUUCCAGUUAUAGCUCCAGCUGGUACACUUUUUGUCACUCCUGUUCCAAUUAUCGGCCCUCAGUACUGUGAACUUUACCCAGUUGAUCUUGCACUUAUUAGAAAGGUCAUGAUCAUUUCCGAUGGCAACUUUGUUGUCACGGACACCAAUGGGAAUGUCAUUUUGAAAGUGAAGGGAGCCAUACUAAGCCUUCGUGACCGUCGUGUCCUGAUUGAUGGUACUGGAAAUCCUAUUGUCACUCUUCGACAGAAGAUGAUGACUGCUCAUGACAGAUGGCAAGUCUUUAGGGGUGAUAGUGAAGACCCCUUUGAUCUAAUUUUUAGCGUAAAGCGAUCUUCUCUGCUUCAACUGAAGACCAAGUUACUUGUGUACUUGGCAAAUAACAGAAACGAGGAUGUUUGUGAUUAUAAGGUCGAAGGGAGCUGGUUUGAAAAAUCUUGUAUCAUUUGUGCUGGAGAAUCUUCCACUGUGGUUGCCCAGAUGCAUGAGAAGAUGACAGUUAAAAGUAUUCUGAUCGGGAAAGACAACUUCAUGGUGACAGUUUAUCCUAAUAUUGAUUAUGCAUUCAUAGUUACGCUUAUCGUCAUUCUAGACGCUAUUAACCAGACCUUCUAG